GGUUCCAGGCCUGAGGAAGAGAACCGUGCGCCUGCCUGCCCACCUCACUCCCUGGCCCUGCUGGUUUCUCAGGGUCUGAGACACGGGCCUUUUCCGCCGGCGUGAACCCAGGGUGUUGUGACACCUGAAGGCAGUGAGGAGUGGGCGGUCCAGGCACCAGGGCAAGAGCCCUCUGGGGCCUCGGGCAGCAGAGUGAAACUGGAACCAUCAGGGAACAUGAGUGAAUUUUGGCACAAACUGGGCUGCUGUGUGGUAGAGAAACCCCAGCCGAAGAAGAAGAGGAGGCGGAUCGAUCGGACCAUGAUUGGGGAACCAAUGAAUUUUGUCCACCUGACUCACAUUGGCUCCGGGGAGAUGGGGGCCGGAGAUGGACUUGCCAUGACAGGUGCUGUUCAGGAGCAGAUGAGAUCCAAGGGAACCCGAGACAGGCCAUGGAGCAAUUCUAGGGGCUUGUAGCUCCAACAGGAAUGUUUUUGCUGUCUGAAGUCUCCACUCUGUGCCCAGCCCAGAAGAGAUGCUGCCUCCACCAGGUCCUCCGAGAACCAGUGUCCUCAAGGCCCCUUUUUUUCCUUAUCUGCCUGAUAGUGCCUCAAAAGGCUUGGGGGCUGGACUCCCCCCUCCCUCCUCUGGCUGUAGCCCCUCCUGGAGACGGGGUCAAGGCAGCAGGACUGACCAAGUAACUACUGGUUGGCCAGAGGAGCUCAGCUGAAGCCCUGGACACUCUCAGAUCUGAAAUGGGAGUUUCUGGAAACCUGGAAUGAGUUCCCUCCUCCUGAAUGACAGUCUGGGUGCCACCCGUUUUUAAUCUAUUAGCCUGAACUCCUUAAAUGGCAGGUGGGUGAGGUUACCACGCUGGAGCUGGCUUUGCUGAGAGCUCCCUACCUCUCUGCCCUUCUCCUUCCUUCUGGAAUGAACUGAGGCAGAC